GAGUUAAAUUUCCCAGAAUGAAGCACAGUGAAGGAGAGGGAGAUGGUAGAGGACAAAUUAAGCAUAGAAAUCCACAAAAGUAGAUAUAUAAACAUGUAGGCUCGGCAGCACAAGAGUUAAGGGUAUGGACUGUGUGGUUUCAGGCAUGUGACUUAACCUUACAAGUCUUAAUUGCUCAUUCUGCAAAAUGGAUAUCAUAUACAGAUGGCUAGUUUAAGGAUCACCAAGUGCCAAGUGCUAACAGAGUGCUUGUAAUAGUAAGUUUUCAAUACAUAUUUGCUACUAUAAAUAAAAAUGAUUAUUAUUCAACUAUGAGAUCAGGUAGUGAGUUCCUAGUCACUGCAGGUAUCCAGGAAAGCUAACUUGCUACAUGAAGAGUAUGCUACAGAGAGUCAUGGAAUGAGAUACAGACUACUAGAUUCUUCCAGACCUAAAAAUUCUGCAGUCAUUGAAACACGAAACUGAUUUUGAAAGUGGAGUUGUUUGAGAUGAUUGUGCAGACUGAAGGGGAACUCACUAUCUGCAGGCCGUCUCCCCAGAGUGUGAAGGAAUAACGCAGGUCUCAGAGGCCAGCCCUGCUUUUCUGAUGGCUGGGGCAAGUGCAAGGUGGUUCCCCCAAACCCUGUCCAUUCUCUGUCCCAAGAGUACCUCUACCUGCUCUCGUUAAACUGUGGAUGGUGGUUCUUCCACACACUGUGUGGCAUUCGCAGCAAGGAAACCUGACAACAGACGAUGACAGGAUAGUAACAGUAAUAGCUAACCCACACUGAUUGCUGAUGACAUGCUGAACGCUGUGCUGAGCACUUCUCGUGCCCUGUCUCAUCGCCUCCUUGCAUUGGACCCAUACAUCUGUGUCUAUAUGCUAUGAGUGUCACCUGCAUUUUACAGAUGAAAAACUGAGGCUCAGAGAGGAGAAGUAUUGCUCCAAGCCCUUCAGCCACUAAGGGUCUGAGGUUUGACCCAGAUGUAGGUACACUCAGAAUGUGAGUAGUAGUUUCAGGGCUUCAUGAGAAGUCAACAACUCAUUAGCAUUAUAGAUGGAUCCCAUUGUCUUUCAGGGCCUGUCAUUAACUGCCCCAGUCCCACUGGGCUAGUUGGUCCCUCUCAAAGUAGCCAGGAGCAGGGAAAGACAACAUUGCUAUUGGCAUUAUCUAAUAAUUCCUGGGAAAAGCAGAGGACUGAGAAGCAAGGCUUAGGUUGCCUCCAUAAAAAGGGUAUCUCAAACAGCAGGAUGAAGCACGUUUUGAAAGCAAAGCCCCCAUACUUAGAGAAACCAGAGGUUUCCACCCUUAUGAUAAUAAGGCCACACACUACAAACAGAAUACUCAAAGAUACCCAAAUACUUGUGGACUAUUUCAUUAUUUUCAUUUUCUUUUCAAAUUCCUUGGUCAGCCCAGGCAGGCUUCAAACUUGCCAUACCCCGGUUCCAUGAGAGCCCUCAGACUUGAAACAACAGGAUUGCUGUGCCCUGGCAAGGCCAAGGGACCGUCCCCUACAUCUCUUCGGACCUGAACACGUCUUCAAACUCCAUACACAAAUCAAUGAUCUCACCUGACCCACACACCAGGCAGCUCUCAAGGGACAAGGUCAUAGAGUCACAGCUAAGAACCCAGACUCUGGAAUCACAGACUCCUGGGUUCACAUCUCAUCUCCUCCACUGAGUACUUACCCUCUCUGAGCCUCAUCCAUCCAACAGGGCUCAUGAUACCUCUCGGGUUUGUUGUAAGGAUUAAAUGAGAUAAUUCACCAUCAGAAAAGCAAUGGAGUGUAGAAGUUAAGAACACAGGUCCUUGUGCCAUAUUGUUUAAGUUUAGGCCCUGGCUCUAUUACUAGCUGUGUGUCCUUGGGCAAAUAACAUAACCUUUCUGGGCCUCAGCUUCUUCAGCUGUAAAAUGGGAUUAUGACAGUACCCAGCUCUAUAGGUAGGAAAUGAAUGCAUUAUUGCUUGGAAAGUGCUUAGAACAGCUUAGAAAGCACUUAGAAUAGUACUCAUUUAGUGAGUACUCAGUAAAUGUGAGUUGUUAUGAUUAAUGCAUGUGAAGUUCUCAGCAUGGUAAAAAUAAGUGUUCAACAAAAGGUAACUUAUUUUUACAAGGUACACAUUCUGUGGACCAUUGUAUGCACACUGAUCUCCUGGAAAGCAAUUAAAAAAAUGAAGACAUCAGGGAAAAAUCUUGUCCUCAAUUAAAUGAUACAGUUAACACAGAGAGAACCCUCCAUUCUGUUGCCCUGGCAUAAUACCCUAGGGACCCCUAUGUCCAGGCUCCUCUUUGCUUCUGAAGGAUCUGCCCUUCAUUCAAUCAGCCACUCUUACAAGAAAUGUUCAUUUUUUUUUUUUAUUAAGCACCCAGAGUGAGCCUAAAGGAUUGCUGGAAGUACCCAACCAGUGAAUGAAUGGCUCCAGCCCCUGCCUUCCUGGAGUUUGCAGGGUAGUGGUAGGGGGUGGGGAGAUACACCCUAAAUAAAUACAUACACAAAUGAUUACUUAAGAAUAACUGCAACUUAUGUGAGGAAAAACGUCAUGAGAAGGUAUAAUGGGGUCCUGAUGUGGUCUCUCACUGAAAGCAUGUAUGAAGGAGGAGUCACUGGAAAGGUUCUCUGAGAAUGACAUGUAAACUGGGACUUCAUGGGUGAAUAGGAGCUGGCCAGGUAAUGCCUAGGAGGGAAGGAGGGAAUGAUCCAGGCAGACAGAUAUUUUGUUCCAAGGCCCUGCAGCCACAAGGUGGCUGGCUCACUAGGAAAACAAAAAGCUCUUAGCUGGGAGGUUGGAAUUGGGAGAGAAACCCAGGUGCAUAAGAGCUGUGUUCUCAGUUGCAACUAUUGUCUCUUCCCUUUCAGACUGUCUACUGGCAAAGACUGCUGGGCCCCAGACCCCUACCCCCAAGGCCAAGCGAACACUGUUCUCUGCUCAGAUUCAAAAAAGCUGCAGACAUGGCUCCCUUUCCCCACAUGUGAAGUUCAGCCAAGAUAACACGUCAGGGACUCUGCCUUCUGAAUGCCCUCGGACGCCUCAAUCCUGCCCUGGUCACACCCCACUGGGUUUUGUGAGAUUAUUUAGGAAGAUAAGUUUCCCUCACUGAAGGAAAGGGAAAUAGCAUGAAAGAAAACAAUGGCUCUCAAGGAGGAAUUCGUGGUUGACAUAAAUGGGGAUGUUCUCUUAGGAACAUCAUGGAUCAUGGAAGAAGCCAACCCCCAGGUCAUUUAUUUCUCUGCCUGUUUACAUGCUAUGGUAAGAAGAUGUGUGUAAGUUUUCUGUAGUUCUACGCUGAAAACUGAUGCUCUUGGAAAGAAACUCAUAUGCUCCAGACGUAGCAGGUUUCUUUCAGAUUUCACACGUUGGGAGUCUGUGCUGUCUUCUAAAUGGUACUUUGGUUUUGUCUUUUUGUUCAAGAUAGCAAGCUUCCUCUAGGAUCAGAACUGCCUGCUGGCCUCCCUUGAUAAGCAGCCCACCAGCUGUCUUGGUAAAUCACUUGUUUAAUAAUUAGCCUAACUCAUUGUUUAUCUAAGUAGCAAUCAUCACCCUAGUGAAAUAAUAUUUUAACUGCAGGUGAAGCAUUACCAGGUGAGCAUUAAGUAGCUGCCAAGUAGAAUCUACUGGCUGGGAAUGGCUGACAGAGUUGCACAUACUCAGAGGACAAGAUCACUCCAUCCUAGCUGACAGAUCUCCAUGUCUGAGAUGCCAUCAUUAGUUGCUGCAGCAAAGACCUAAGGAAAUGUGCGUAGGAGAAGUGUAUGAUCCCAAUCCUUUCAACUGAGGCUCAAUGGCCCAGCAAAAUAUGAAAGUGCGACCUGUGCUUCUAAAGCGUAACAGUCUAGAGUCAGUAGAGUUUGUGAAGCAGCCACACCACCGCAGGAGCAAAUCUCAGCAGGUACGAUUCAAAGAAGAUGGGACCAGUAAGACUCCGUCUGGCCUUGCUGAGGUUGAUGUCCAAACUUCUGAGGACCUGGCUGUAAUGGGCACGACUCAAGCACCCAGGCACCAUCACCUCCCCACUUACUCGCUCUCCUUCCCCAGGUCCCAGAAGGCAGGGGGCUUUAGGAACAUUGCAAUCCAAACCUCCCCUAGUCUCAGGAAGCAUUUCCCGGUUUUCAAGAGGAAGAGACUCACAACUAGCAAGUCCCUGGUGGAAAUGCCAACAGCAUCCCAAAGUGCCAUCCAGGUCAAUGGCAACCUGUCUGAACAGGACAUUGUAUCCUCUGACCUUGCCUACUUAAGGCUGGCUCAACAUCUUGAGGAUGGGCUUCAAAGGAUCAAGGUGCCCCAUCCAUUUCUCCCUAGAAUGUCCAAGGUGCAAAGCAAUGGGCCUGUUAGUAUAUGCUUGGAAGCAGGGACUUGGAGGACCUCAGAGAAAGCAACAGCUGCCACUCAAGUACCAGAUGAUAUUUAUCACAGUCCAACCUGGGCAGCUAGCAAGUCCACUCUCAGCCCAGGCAGGGCAGUGGAGAUAAGCAACUCCCGACACCAUUUGGUUGACAUGUGCCCAGGUGAUGGGAGAAGAGUGCCACUAUCAGAUUCAGAAAGAUUCCCCUCCUGCUCAAAUGCCACCAGCAGUGCCAACCUUAUGCUAGGUACAGGGGAACUUAAAUCCGAAUUGCUUUUGCCCAAAGACAACUCUGACAACAAAGAUCUUGGCCCACUGUCUCAGUCAAAGGCAACACGUGUUGCCUCACCUCCACGGACUUCCAGCUCCCCCUCACCUGGUUCCCACAGCCAGCCAGCCUGUCCAGGAGGGCCAUCAGAAUGUUCUCCAUCGAGUACCAACCAUCAGGAUCUGCAGUCACUCAAAACUAACAGCGCAUCAAAAUCUACCCCCAUGAGUCCUAAGCAGACAGCAGUGAACCCCACCCAGUCGGACACCCCUGAGUUUCAAAACUGUCCAGGAAGCAAUCACCUCCCAUCUUGUCUUCCAAGGAGGGAGACCAAACUUCACAGCAACAGGGAGGUUGGGGGGAUUAAUCAAAAUCACCUGGCACGGGGUGAACUCUGUGACCUCCAAGGUAGGCUGCAAUCCGUGGAGGAAUCUCUGCACUCAAAUCAAGAGAAAAUUAAAGUCCUUUUGAAUGUAAUUCAAGACUUGGAGAAAGCUCGAGCUCUCACAGAAGGGCGCAACUUUUAUCGAACUGGCCAAGAUCUCAACAAUUGCAGUACCUGCCAGAACACUGCAUGCAUCAUAUACAGUGUAGAAUAUGAUUUUCGGCAGCAGGAAGGCAGGUUCCAUGAAGUUCUGCAGAGUCUGGAGGAAGUGGAACCAACUGAGGAGGCAUCUCCCCCACCAAAGUCCACAGCAGAACCAGUUGCUGAGAAACAGGACUUACGGCGGAAAACUAAGAAGGUGAAGAAGAAAUGCUUUUGGUGGAUCUGAGCUUGUUGGGACCAUUCUCUGUGCCCUCCCCAAAUACCUACCGAGGUAGGGAAACCACUGCCCUCAGGCCUUCUCUACUUCUGAGCAAAGGCUCCAGGCUGUGAGCCACUUGACCUGAGAAACAGGAAAGACUUGGGCUGGUUUCGCUGCUGCUGGACACCUGACCACCAACCUCACCUAAGAGAGGGCCACUGUUGCUGAGGACUUCACAGACCUUUGCGUGACCACUUGCCUAGUUCCCUGUCACACGUCCUGUUCCUAGGCCAACGUCCUGGUUUGUAAGUCUAGAUUCCAACCAUGAGCAAAGCCCCCAUUGCAUUUUCCAACACCUCCAUGAUGCUGAACACUUUCUCCCCAUCCUGGGCUUAUCACCCCAAAAGAGAGAGAAAAAAAAAUGUUGUGCAGAGCAGGAAGACAGAGGAGAGUUAUAAGCAAAUACUCCCCACACUCCAAAAAUAGACGUAUAAUCCGGCAGUCUUCUAAGAUUUUGGCAUAUAUAAGCACAACAGAAGAGGGAAGGGCAUAAAAAUGUGAGACCUCCUGGUGGGUUGGGUCAUUUUCAUUUUUAAUUAGCACCUUGAUCCCCAAACAAGGGUUUGUCGUCUCCUGCUGUGUGGGCCUUGCCGGCUGUGGCACAGUGAGGUCACUGCAGGAUACAAAGAGCUUGGUAUGGCUCUCCUGCCGAUACAGCUGCUCCAGGGCCCACCUGACACCGUCAUGCUUCUCAUCCUGGGGCCUGAGAUCACUUAGCAAACGGGUGGGGCUUGAACUUUAAGAGUCCACCACUAAUUUCCCUGCAACAUUUAAGAUCAUAAGAUCCAGUAGCCUAUUUCAUCUCACCAAUAACAUAAAUAAGGCCAAGAUAAAAAUGCAACAUUGGUUCUUGUACAUUCAUCCCUGCAUCAGCCUUGUAGAUACAUUCCAAAGUAUAGCAAUCUACACCCUCUCCCUUCACAGUGACCAGGCAGUGGUCACCUGAUUGAAGAAGCCGCAGGACUGGGGAUGAGGAUAUAUUUUUUUCCCAUUUUAGUAUGAAAGAUGUUUCCUUCCCAAAGUCUGAAUUCUUUUAAAGUCUGGCCUCAUUCUUUUGAUAAGACCCCCAUACAUGUGGGUCCAUUUAAACUUGCAUGGCUAAAAAAGCUACUGAAGUAAUCUAAUUAAGUAAUUGCUACAUACUCUUGAAGAUGAGGGGUAAGUUGGCAAGACCCACAGUCUCUCUUAUUAAAUUCUCUACCAGCCUGUGGUUGGAUUGAUGCUGCUUAGAAAAGGAAUUCUAAAGCUCUACAUGCAUUCAGUGAAGAAGGCAUUUCAUGACCCUCUUUGCUGGAGAUGAGGCAUCUGAGUCAGAGUCCUUGCAGAAUGCAGCAUCCUGGCUGAACGUGGGUUGCACGCACCCCACUGCAAAUUGAGACUAAUUGAGCAAACCACUCCGACAGUCUCACCUUCCCCUGUCACAGUGCUGCAGUGCACAGAGCUAUUUCAGUGAGAGUGAGAUGGAAAUCUGGCAAGGAAUCUCAGCUUGCACUAUUUAAGUCUUGGAAUGUCAUUCAAAAUGUUCUUUCUUCUGUUUCUAGUGUAAUGUUUAAAACCACAAAAUGAGACCGGAAUAUAUAACGCUAAAUUGGAAUUAAGAUAAAUACACUUGUCAUACUUAAGAAGCCGCAUUUCAGUAAGAUACGUUACCACUGGCUAAAAGCCACAGAUCUUUCUGUAUCCACACAAUCAACUCUCAGUUGGCCCCAACAAUGGAAAAGAACAGCACAGAGGAUAAUCCAAUAAAGCAAAAUCAUUUGGGAUUUCUUAUAUAAUUUUAUAUUGUAAUAGAGCUUCCAUCUUAAUUUCUUUGCUUACGCUAAUUUUCAAAUUAAUUUACAUUCUCGGGCAGCAAGAUAGAAUGAAAUAAUCCUGUUUCCGGAAUUAAGAGACCUGGGCAACAGAACAGUUUAUUUCACUAACCUUUGGCAAACUGCUUAAGUUUUCAGGGACUGUUUGUCCAUUCUCAAAUGGAGAUAAAAAUACCUACUCUACCCACUUUAUAAGCUCUGUGCAUGUUCCAACAUCAAACGAGCAGAACAACCCGGAGCGGAGCUGCAUUGUUUGCCAGUUAGCCUGGAAUGAUGGAGGAGAGGAGGAGGUAACCCACACAAGCAGGAUAAUCCAACUCUUGGAAAAUUAAGCUCACAUUUUCAUAUGCUUAUGUAGAGUUGGGGGCCUCAGAUAUACCCUCAACUGAAUUAAGUGAAAUCAGGGUUGGAAAAUGUUGACAUUUCUAGAAACAAAACCAAAUGAGACUAUAAUAAUUCUAUACCAAAGCACAACA